CCCCGCCAUCUGCCGCGUCGUGAAGCGCGCCAACGAGUUCGACCUCUCCGCAUCCACAUCGCGAACUGACAUCAUGGCCAGCCAUGGCGUUCCCAGAACCGCCGCCGUUGAGCGCACCGAACAGGUCAAGCAAAAGGAGCUGCAGCAGAUAGACCAGUACAAUGAGCUGGUCCGCCUCGUCAAUACGAAGGUAUCUGAAGAGCAGUACAGCACCGAAACCUUGGCUCUGGUCUCGAAGCUUCUUACUCAGAACCCCGAAUACUACACCAUCUGGAACUACCGCCGGUUGAUCCUGCAAGACACGUUCAAGAAUGCUCUGGCAGAACCUGCGAUUGAGCCAGCCGCCUUGUCACCGGGCCAGCAGAUCAUCCUAGACUAUAUUGUCAACGACCUCCGCUUCCUGGUGCCCCUUCUCCUCAAGUUCCCCAAAUGUUACUGGAUCUGGAACCAUAGACUCUGGUUGCUCGAGCAAUCGACUGGCCAGUUACCAGCCAGCCAUGCACGGCGUCUCUGGCAGGAAGAACUCGGUCUUGUUGGCAAGAUGCUCAACCGAGACAGCCGUAACUUCCACGGCUGGAGCUACCGACGGAUCGUAGUAGCGCACCUCGAGCAGCUGCCAGCAGCAGAAACAGACCAGGAAGCGGAGCGUAGCGGCACAAGCAUGACGGAGCCUGAAUUCGCCUACACGACCAAGAUGAUCAACACGAACCUGUCCAACUUCUCUGCCUGGCAUAAUCGCAGCAAACUAAUCCCGCGCCUGCUAGCCGAGCGCAACGCCGACGAAUCUGCACGCCGCGCCUUCUUGGCCGCGGAGUUUGAGUUUAUCCAGCGAGCGCUGUACACGGACCCGUACGACCAGUCGCUGUGGUUCUAUCAUGCGUACCUCAUGAACACAGUCGAUCCUGACACGCCGCCCGAAGCGCGCAUCUGUCUUGACCUGGACAGUGGCUUGCCCAAGGAAACGUACGACGAGCAGCUUGAGAGCAUUAAGGAUAUGAUGGACGGUGCUGAGGAUUGCAAGUGGAUCUACCAGGCGUUGCUGCAAUGCGCGCUUGCGCUGAAGGCUGUCAGUCCUGACAGCGUGUCGGAGGACGAGAUGGCGGCGUGGCUGGCUGAGCUGAGGAAGCUGGACCCUCUACGUUCGGAGAGGUGGGAUGACUUGAGCAAGAAGCUUAAUAUUUGA